GCGGUGGGAGACGAAGGACAGAUCUGGUGACUUUGUGUAUAUCAGAAAACUACAGGGCUUGGGCGCACGUGUUUGUAUAUUGAGAUGAAAGGUUACCUGUGACGCGGCCCUACUCUGGGUGACGAUGUGACGGGAAUGUGACCUUGAGUUGCUGUGAAAUGUCGACACGGAAAAGCAAUUAAGCUUGAAAGUGGAGCUGGGUUGAAUUUGUAUCAGCGUGAGUGGUUAAUUAGCGUGACAUGAUCAGGUGUUUGUAUACAGUGACUUGGUUAUCGAGACUUGAAACGAAGCGCGGUACUUGGACGUGGAAAUAAAGGAUUACGCAAAACUGUGAUGAUGAAAGCAUGAAAACAAGAAAAAAAAACACUAGACACAAAGCUGAAACGUAACACGGUGCUAAUUAAAAUUAUUUAGACUCGAAACUCUAGGAAUCAAACACCAAAACACAUCGGAGAAGAAAAAACUGUUAAAAAUAAAAAGUGUGGGAAACAACGUCAAACAAACUCCCCGCAACACUCGAUAACGUCAACAGCGCCUGAAAACUCCCGCCCCGUCACCAUGUCGUACUCAAUGGCGGAGUGGACAGAUCGUAACGCCAGCGCGCGUCACUGGGGCGCAGAAGAGAGAGAAGCGGACGUGCAGGAGAAAGGGCAUCUGUGGAGCAUUGUGGAGACGGCGACGCGGCAGGAAAUGAAGACGUCAGGCGAAGACGGCCCGGCGGAGGCGAUGAAGGUGGAGUGGGAACACAUCAUUAAGAGAUCGCGGCAGGAAGACGAUACCAUGGCGCACGACCAAGGGCGUGGAGAUGGCGACGCCACGCAGCCCGGCAACGCCACAACGAACGCUCCUGAGCUGAGCGUGGACCCGCUGGCCAUUGCUGAAGACUUCCCGUGCAAUGAAGACCCCGCGGAGUUCAGCAAAUACCUGGUGGAGUCAUGCAACUGGGGCGCCGUCAAGCAAGAACUCAGCCUUGAGGAACAGACAGCCUCUCUCACCCUUCAGGAGCAACAACAACAACAACAGCAGCGGCAGCGGCAGCAGCAGCAGCAGCAAUACUCCCAGUCCUCUACAGUCUACUCGUACAUAACAAUAGAGAGCGAGGGUGGCGUCAGCGGCACCUCCUCCUUCACCGACAUGACCUCCACCAUGAGGGUGACACGAGAGGCCACCAACGCCCUCUACUCUGAGCUACCCACGCACCACCUCGUCCCCAGCCACGCAGACCAAGCCCAGUACCUCUCCGGCACUGCGGUGAACCACGGCGAGGGACAGAGCGGGCAGGGCGGCUCCCCGCCGGCCUUCAUGUCCAUCAUGAACACGCCCAGCCCUUCCAGCAACAACUCUGACAGCUCGCAGUGCGCCUACGCCUCGCCGCUGUACUCCCCGCAGCACCCUCAGAGCCUCUACGGUAAUUACAGUAAUGGUCAAAACCUACAGUACAACCACGUAGCCACCUCCCCCACGUACAGCACUGUCCCUGAUAAUUCCCCUCCCACGUUUGGCCUCCCACCCCCGGGCCAGGCCACGCCCACAUACAACCACAUCCCUCCACAAAUGACGCCUGCCUACACCCAAAUGUUUUAUCAAACACCAUCCACAUACAACUACCAGCAGGACCUAGUCACGCCCACAUGCACCCACCCUCCCGACAACCCUCCCUCCAUCACCCGCCCCCGCUCCUCCCACAUCUCCCCGGGCGUCACUCCUCUGCCUGCUCCCGUCACCACCUCUCCUUACCCCGAGGACUCCAAGGUGCGAAAUGGCAAGAUCUACUACACCACUUACCUCAACAACCACGGCGCGGCGGUGCCCAAAUUCGAGCGUCCAGCCAGACACCCGUCCGGCCCCACGCCCUCCCAAAGCGGCCAAGGCCGAGGGCAGUUCGCCGUGCAGUACCCCAAGGCCAAGAUGUUCCCGCUGCCUCCCGAUGUGUCACUGAGCCGCUUCUUCCAAGAGUUCGAGGGCGCCUUCCCCUACCACGUGACAGCCCAGCAUGGCAACCCGGUUGGUUAUGGAUUUGGCUCCUUUGCCUACCCGAAUAAUCAUGGCAGCGUGCCCGGCACGUCCUCAUCUCCUCAAGUAUCCGCUCAGUUCCCCGCAUCUUACCCCACCGCAGGCGUCGCCCCACACUCCCAUGCUUGUGGCGGUGCCCGGCACAAGACAUGCAGUAAGAACAAUAACAGCAGACAUGAACCUAAUCGUGAGUCCCCAAAGGGGUCGCCGUGUGGCUCCGUCAAGGAAAGGGAGCGCAUCGCCAGACGCGCCGCCAGGAGGCUCAGCCGCGGCGUGCUCAAGAGGAAGCGGGGCUGCACCUGCUACUCCUGUCAAAUCGUGUUCGCCUCAUCCGGCCACCUCAAGCGCCACAUGGAGGCCCACGGCUCAAAUCGCCGAUUCAAGUGCCCUCACCCUUACUGUGACGUGGCUUACAGCCGCCAGGACAACCUGAAGGCCCACGUAGCCAAAGCCAUCCACCGCAGGGAGGGAGACCCCUACGCCAUCCCAGUCUCCGAUGAUGAGGACUCUGACGAUGAGUGUAACUUUGGAGGAGACAACAACAUCAUCGGCAUUAACGACUUCGGGAACUACGAGCCGGACGACUACGACGAGGAGACAUAGGACGCCCCGCCUCGGCCCGGCCUCCCCUCCCCUGCUGACUGACCUGGACUUUUUUUGAGGACUUGCUUUGACUCUUCCUCUGACUCUUUGACUACUUGCAGUGUACGUUAUCUCGCGUGGUUAUUUUCCACAACCUCAGGAUUAAUCUAGUUACGUUAGUAUUAGUUUUAUAGCAUUAUGCUUCAUUGUUACAGUUUUGUUUUAAACAACUUCCUAAAACACUAUACAUUUAUAUGAUAUUCAUAUUUGAUGUUUAAUUUUUAUUAUAUUUUUAGUUUGAAGACUUUAAAAUAAACUUUUAGCAGCGUUGAGCCCUCAGUUUCAGACUGAGGAAAGCUGCGCCCGCAGAUCUUGUUUUUAACGAGACCUGAUACUGCUGUACAUAUAUAUAUAAACAUAUAUAUAUUUGUGACGCUUUACUUUAAGUAUGCUUACAAAUUUUAAAGGUUAUUAGUUCACUCACGCCUGCCUGAGGAGCAGUUGAGGAGUUUGGUUACAGUGACUCACGGGGCCGCGCGUCCCUCUGGGCAUGAGAGCGGCGAGUCAUGAGAUGCUUGGGUUUACUUUAGUCUGUUGUCUUUAUUUCACUCAGCACAGCGGCCACCAAGUCACUGUCUUACUAGCUUUAAAGUCCUGGAUGAUUCACAGUAAAAUUUAUGCAGUAAUGUAAUAUACAGAUGAAAAAUUGGUAGUUGUGUUAGAGACCAAAACGAAGGUCAUGCAGUUACUUCUGUAUUCAAAAUUAGUGCACAUUUACUAUACCUGUGGCGUGCUUUUUUAGUCACGUUCUUGCAUCGCCACUUCGCAUUCCCUGGGACCCCCUCAUGAAAGACCGGUUCGCAUCGAGCUGUCAAACGGCUGAGUAGAAAUGUUAGGCAGGUGAUCGUUCCCGGUAGGCAGUAAGUGACACACUGAAGCUGAGUGUUUGUGUUUGAUAUUGUGAUACUAAUACUGAGUUGUAUGUGAUGGCUAAAAAGAAAAAAAAGAAUAAAUCGUGAUUUUGCUUCA